AGCAAAAUUCCCCUGUAUUUCUCACUUUUGAGUUUUUGUUUGUCACAGUUUCUAUUUCUCUUUCCACGUCUAGAGUCAUUUGGCAAACAGCGCCCAUUCACUUUUCAUUCCUUACUUACCUCCAGCUGGCCCUGGUCUCGUGGGUUCCUAAUUUUCGAUGUGCUACCCAAAAGCACGGCGAAUUAUUACCUCAAUUUGAUCUGCGAAAAUCUACCUGAAUUUGUUGAAAAUGGCUACUGACAAUGGUGCUCAGCUGGAUCAAGCGAAGGCGUUCUUGAGUGCCACUCCUGAUGACAUUAGGGGCAUGGUCAACCAACUGCCGAACGUGGAUAUCAACAGGCAACUGUUGCUGGAAGGUCGGCUGCGUGGCGUGCAGGAGCAUUUCUCCAAAUUGCGAAAUGAAAAAGAGCAGCAUGAGCAACAGCAGGAGGAGCAGCAGAGCGCCGCAUCGCCUCUGCCAGAAGCAGAGAGCAUUGCUACGCCGCGUACUCCUGGUGCCGUGGCAGGUGCGUGCAGGACCCCAAAUAGUGGCGCUGCCGAGUCGCCGAUUGUGCUUCACGACCACUGCGCUGACUCGAAUCUCAGUAAUAUCAGCGAGGCAUCGCUUGAGGCCAUUGAGGAAGAUGUGCACAAAAGCAAAGGUCGCAAACGUAAGGCGGCCGAGUCCGCGUCUACGGAGCGACCCAGCAAGAAGAUCAGCGACUUCUUUGGCAAGUCGAUGUCGCCGUUUUCGUCGUCGUCGGCGUCCACACCUCCUGGAUCAUCUAAGAGUAGCGGGUCAUGCACGAAAGCCGUACAGACAGAUCUAGCCGGACGGGACAUCGACGGGAUGCUCGUGGAGCGCGCCGAGGCCAGCGCCACCGAGUCGCAGAAGGACGGCACAAUCGGCGAGCUAAAGCGCCUGCUGGCCAGCAACCGGACCGAGAUGGACAAGCGGCAUCGUCAGCUGGCCAGGUUGGUCGGGCUGCAUCGCGACCUGCUGCGCGAGCAGUACGACCAGCGCCGGCAAGCGGCUCGCCAGAACGCCAUGCAGAACAGCCUGCGGCUGGGCCACUUCACCAUGCAGCGCGGCGCCUCGCGCUACUCGGAGAUCUGGACGGAAGGCACGGCGUUCCAGGAGCUGCGGCAGCGGCAGCUGGAGAUACGGCAAGAGCGCGACGAGCUGCAGAAGAAGAAACGGCCGGGUGGCCGACCGAAAAAGGCCAACAACGCGUCGACCACUUCCGCUGGGGACGCUGGCUUCCAGAAGCCUGCUCCUCCCAUGUCCGUGAAUGUGUAUCAAACGGAACAACAUCAGAACGAACAGGAAGAGAUCAUCAAGCUACGCGAGAAGCAGCUGCGGAAAGAAGAGCAAGACCUGCUACUGGAGAACGAGAAACUAGAGCGAGAGCGCAACUUGCACAUCCGGGAGUUGAAACGUAUCGACGGCGAGAAUGUGUCGCAGUUCAGCAAGUUCCCGCUGAUGAGCCACGAGCGCUACAUUUUCCUGGAGCUGCUCGGUAAGGGCGGUUUCAGCGAGGUAUACAAGGCGUUUGACUUGAAGGAGUUUCGCUACGUCGCCUGCAAAGUCCACCAGCUGAGUCGCGAGUGGAAGGAAGAGCGUAAGGCCAACUACCUGAAGCACGCGUCGCGAGAGAGCAAGAUCCACGAAAAGCUGGAGCAUCCGCGCAUCGUGCGCCUGUACGACAGCUUCGUGAUCGACCAGAGCUCGUUCUGCACGGUGCUGGAGUACUGCGCCGGCAACGACCUCGACUUUGUGCUGAAGCAGAACAAGAUGAUCCCUGAGCGCGAGGCACGCUCCAUCGUGUGCCAGGUGGUGAGCGCCCUGCGCUACAUGAACAGCAUACAGCCGCCGGUCAUCCACUACGACCUGAAGCCCGGCAACAUUCUCCUGUGCUCCGGCUCGGCGACCGGCGAGAUCAAGAUCACCGACUUUGGCCUGAGCAAGAUCAAGGAGGGCGACAGCGGCGCCGAUAUGGAGCUGACCUCGCAGGGCGCCGGCACCUACUGGUACCUUCCGCCCGAGUGCUUCCUGAUCAGCCGCAACGGGCCGGCCAUGAUCUCCAGCAAGGUGGACGUGUGGUCCGUCGGCGUCGUCUUCUUCCAGUGCCUUUUCGGCGUCAAGCCCUUCGGCAACGACCUGACGCAGGCCAGCAUUCUCGAGCAGAACACGAUCCUGAAUGCGCGCGAGGUCGAGUUCCCGGCGAAGCCCGCCGUCAGCCAGGAGGCGAAGACGUUCAUUCGCCGCUGCCUCACCUACCACAAGGACGAGCGGCCGAGCGUGAUGGAUCUGGCACAGGACGCCUACUUGCAGAACAAGACCGCCGCUCCGAAAAGCACCAACGCAGCGGCGUAGUGAGUGAGCGCUCAUCGGGAUCGAGGUGACAACAAUCGAUGUGAAGUAUGUUGAGCUGCGGAGAGUAUUAUGUGCUCGAGUAGGACCACCCACCGCAGCGUAGUGAGUGAGUGCUCGUAGGCAUUGAGGUGACAGCCGAUGUGAACUAAGCUGAGCUGCGGGGAGUAUAUGUGCUCGAGUAGGAUCACCCACAGAAUUGAGCCAUGCCGGAUACGCUCUCUUUUGCAUGUUCUGUGCUGUGUUUGUUUUCUAGCUGCCAUUUUAAAAUUACUCCACGCUAUCCCCGCUGACACCCUACUAGAUGUGUACUUUUGUUGAUCCAGUGUCAUAUUUUCCCCUGUGUCUAACUAUGUAUGGGUGUGUGUGUGUGUGUGUGUGUGUGUCUUUGGUUUUUUUUAGCUUCUUUGUAGUGCCGUCGCUGGGCAGAGUGACCCUUGAGGUAAUUUUAAGUUUUUUUUAACCAUCUCUAUCUCUCCCUCCCUGUGUGUGUGUGUGUGUGUGUGUGUGUGUGUGUGUGUGUGUGUGUGUGUGUGUGUGUGUGCGUGUGUAUGUAUGAGUGUGGGUGCUGCAAACAGAGUUUAUUCAAUAUUGCCAUCUAUCCGAAGAAGAGGCUUGCAAAUUUUCCCUUGCUGCGAUUUAUCGUGUUUCCACUCCUGGUGUUUUCUGCAGUUUACGAGAGUUUCAUUUUUUUAUACAGCUUCUUAUACGCUAUUGCUGGUUUUUAGUGGAAAAUGAGGAGUAGCCUUUUUUGGCAGUACAUAUAGUACUGUCUUCUGUUGUCUGUGACCUAUUCACCGUAUCUGAUCAUCGUUCAAGUUUCUCAAUGGACAGCAGCCAGCACGGUGUGUCUGGGUGCGCAGCUGCCCCGUGAACCGAGCGGCCUUGCGUGA